AUGUCAGCUGUCCGUCUCCUCAAUACGAUAUGGAAGAAAACAAAAUUUAGUAGGCCGUACGUCAUUGGUAUGGUACACGUGCCAGCACUGCCCGGUACACCAAACAACUCUCUUUCUCCAGAUGAAAUAGUGUCCAAAGUAAAAGAAGAGACUAAAAUUUAUGCAGAAGCGGAAAUUGAUGGUAUUAUGGUGGAAAACAUGCAUGACAUUCCGUACGUUCAAGAGCCGCAACUCUCACCAGCUGUUACUGCAUGUAUGACUCGUGCUUGUAUGGCUGUUAAUGAAGUACUUGGCAGUUCAGCGAAGAAUUAUGGUCGGGGUAUCCAAGUACUAGCAGCAGCUAAUCAUCAUGCAGUUGCUAUCGCUCAAGCAUGUGAUUUUGACUUUAUCCGGGCUGAAUGUUAUACUUUUGCCCAUGUCGCUGAUGAAGGCAUAAUGUCUGCGUGUGCUGGUGAACUACUGCGUUACAGGCGACAGAUUGGAGCCAGCAACGUCGCAGUUCUCGUUGAUUUAAAGAAAAAGCACUCUUCGCAUGCGAUCACAAAUGAUUUGUCAAUUGGAGACGUUGCUAAAGCAUGUGAAUUCUUUUUGGCAGAUGGGCUAAUUAUCACGGGUUCAUCUACAGGUCGUCCUGCUAAUCCUGAGGAGAUUGAAGAGGUCAAAAAGCAGUCCAAACUUCCUGUAUUUAUUGGUUCUGGAAUGACAGUUAGAAAUCUUAGCAAUUUUCUUCAAGCAGAUGGUUUUAUCGUCGGUUCUUACUUUAAAAAAGAUGGUGAUUGGCGGAAUAGUCUAGACAGUACAAAAGUAAAGGCUUUUAUGGAACAAAUACACUGUGUGAAACGUCGCUAG